ACGAUUUCUUGAUGUUCCUCCUUCAGUUUCAGUAGUCAGUCGUCAGUCUGCUGCUGCUCUGCAGUCAGCAGUUGUACAUCGAAACGAGUUCGGUUUCUCCGUUGUUGAUUGUGUUGUAGUCAGAUCUUGGAUCGAAUAAAUUUGAAUAGAUUAGUUUUGAUAUCAGUGAGUGACGAUGAAACCGCUCGAAGAAUCACAAGCUCUGUGCCGAUCGGAAGGAAGUCUGUUUUGGUGGAUUUUAUCCACUAUAUGCUUACCGUUCACCUUGCCUCACCUAAUCUUCAAAAUCAUAGGCUUCAUUAGGGAACGAAAGUAUCGAGAGUGUCUGCCUGGAAAAGUGGUUUUAAUUACUGGCGCCAGUUCGGGACUUGGUGAAGCCUUGGCACAUACAUUCUUUCUUGCAGGAUGUAAAGUGGUUCUAGCUGCCAGACGGAAGGAUGAGUUGGAGCGAGUUCGAAAAGAUUUGCUUGCUCUUCAUACGACUGUCGUUACUCAUUCUCCUGUGGUAGUUCCAUUGGAUCUCUCCGAUAUUAAUGCGCUGCCCAACAAAGUGAAUGAAAUUUUGCAAAUUCAUGGGCAAAUAGACAUACUGAUCAAUAACGGCGGCAUCAGCGUUAGGUCAGACUGCCUGUCUACCGCACUAGAUGUCGACAUUAAAGUAAUGCUGGUGAACUAUUUCGGUUCAGUGGCUCUAUCGAAAGCAUGUCUCCCAUCAAUGAUCAAACGCAAACAGGGCAGAAUCGUGUGCGUCUCCAGUGUACAGGGAAAAUUCAGCAUUCCGCAUCGGUCUGCCUAUGGUGCAUCGAAACAUGCCUUGCAAGCUUUCUGUGACAGUCUUCGAGCCGAAAUGGCGGAGCACAACGUCAGGGUGACGUUGGUUUCUCCAGGAUACAUCAAUACGGCGCUAUCUCUUAACGCAUUAACUGGAACUGGGAGUCAAUAUGGAAGAACAGAUUCUACAACAGCGUCUGGUGCUUCACCGGAACAGGUAGCAAAGUUCAUAUUGAAGGCUGUACUACGGGACGAAGAUGAUGUGAUGAUUGCACCGGUCGCUCCAAGAGCGGCCUACUGGAUUCGUCAUUUGUGUCCACCGCUGUAUUUUUGGAUAAUGGCCAGAAGGGCACAGAAGGUCGAUUCCUCCGCGAGCAAGGAUGACUGAAUAUGCCAAGCAUGUUUAGUCGAAAAAGGUAGGUGGGGUUAAAUCAAACCGAUGAGAUUAGUUUCUUUCUGUGAUAGAUUCGCUUGACUAUGAGGAGGAUAGACUCAUCAAAUAUAAGAUAGCCAUUGGUUAUUGAAAUUUCUUUCAUAUAGCUAGAACGAAAAGAAACUCAUUGUCAGUUUCCAACAUCUAUUUUUAUUUUUGUUAAUACAUUCAAAAUAUUGAUUGAUCAACGGCUUUUGUAUACUUCUAAGUAUAUGUGUUUAUAUAAAAAAAACAUUGAAGGUCACUUUAGCCCGAAUUCUUGAACAGUAAGUUCCAUUAAACAUUGAAAUCUUUCUAAUUGACACUUUGGAUUAUGACAAUUAAUACUGUUGUAAACAUGUUUUUGUGAUAGUUUUGAGAACUACACCAGAAAUAUGUACUGCUUUGCUGUUAUUUUCUAGUAGUCGAUUAGUAUUUAAAUAAUUAAAAAAUGCCCAAAAUUAUGAUGUGAAAGGGUGAGAGAAUAAUUAAUUGCGAAUAUCUAAUAUAAUAACCUCGUAAAACUUGAGUCCAAUAGAUCUUUUCUUAGUCGGGCAGUAAGAUGGGCGGUCACAAGACCAUGCCAAAUAAAGCUGCGUUUGAUUCCCAGUCCGGUUUAGGAAUUUUUCGUUUUGGACAUUUUCUCGACUUCCCUGGGCAUAAAAGUAUAGUCGUGUUAGCUUCAUGAUGUACGACCCGUCCCGGUCUAUAUUAUUUUCGCAAUAUCCUGGGCGUCGACUAUCACUUUGCCGUAAUGAAAUACGAAAUCAAAAAUGGU